UGCAGAAAAGAAGCUGCAGACAGAAGAAGAAGAGACAGAAAGAGGAAGCUGGAGUCUGUUAUUUUCUCUCUGUGUGAGGUUUAGUGGAGAACGGUGGGUUAGGGGGGGUGGACCAUUUGGGAAAAAGAGGUGUUGGGCUGGGAGAGGAGAAGAGGACAGUAGAGGCAAAGGGAGAGGAGGAAAGGAAAAGGGAAUGAGAGGAGAGGAGUGAAGUGGAGAUGUGUCCAAAGAGAAAACUUAUAGAGCUGAAUACCAAUGAGGCCCUUUAGUCAGAGCAUCGGGACCAACCGAUAUUAGAAAUUCAGAAAAACUAAUGCAGCCAUUAGUCGCACAAUAAAAUGAUGGAGUUGCACAAAACUAAAAGGCUGAUAAUAUGAAAUAGAACACAGGCUGGCUCUCUGCUCAGAGAUGACCGAAACGGAGGUAUGCAGACAGAUUUGUUUACCGAACAGGCUGAAAUAAAGGGAUAAAAAAGCCCUCUGUGCAACAGGCACACGUCUAAACCAGCUGUGACAUUCAUCAAUGCAGCACUGGGGGAUAGGCAGAAAGAGUCUGGAUCGAUCAUCUUGAUGGGGACCAUGAGCAUCCUUUAACCCCAACCACAUGAAAGAGGAGUGGCGUGGAGAGGACAUCUGAGCAGAAAGGUUAAAGCACUAGGCGGGAUGGAGCAAGAUAACACCUCUGUGCUGGACCUGUUCUUGUCCAAUGUCACAGAUCUCCCUGGAACCAACACUGACCCACCCUGGGAUGAAACCACACUCCUGAGCUUGCAAAUCUCCCUAUCCGCCAUCUUGGCUGUUGUCACCCUGGCAACGGUGCUGUCUAAUGCCUUUGUCAUCGCCACCAUCUUCCUCACCAGGAAACUGCACACCCCCGCCAACUUCCUGAUUGGUUCGCUGGCCGUGACGGACCUGCUGGUGUCUAUCCUCGUCAUGCCGAUCAGCAUCGUCUAUACAGUCAGCAAGACCUGGUCGCUGGGCCAGAUUGUUUGUGACAUCUGGCUCUCUUCCGACAUCACCUUCUGCACGGCCUCCAUCUUGCAUCUGUGCGUCAUCGCCCUUGACCGCUAUUGGGCCAUCACUGACGCCCUGGAGUACUCCAAGCGGCGCACGACGCGCCGGGCGGGGCUCAUGGUGGGGGUGGUGUGGGUUAUCUCCAUCUCCAUCUCCCUUCCGCCGCUCUUCUGGCGGCAGGCCAAGGCCCAUGAAGAGCUGACAGAGUGCUUGGUGAACACAGACCAGAUCUCGUACACUCUCUACUCCACCUUUGGCGCCUUCUACGUUCCCACCAUCCUCCUCAUCAUCCUCUACGGGAGGAUUUACGUGGCCGCACGCUCGCGCAUCUUCAAGCCGCCAGCGUCCUGCGGAAAACGCUUCACCACAGCCCAGCUCAUCCAGACCUCCGCUGGCUCCUCCCUCUGUUCGAUUAACUCUGCCUCCAACCAGGAAGGACACACCCACUCAGCAACCGGAGGAGGAGGAGGAGGAGGAGGAGGGGGAGGCUCGCCUUUGUUUGUGAACAGCGUGAAAGUGAAGCUAGCGGACAGCGUGCUUGAAAGGAAACGUCUGUGCGCCGCCCGGGAGAAGAAGGCCACCAAGACGCUGGGCAUCAUCCUGGGAGCCUUCAUCAUCUGCUGGCUUCCCUUCUUCGUGGGCACCCUGGUCAUGGCCAUCUGCAAGGGCUGCUGGUUUCACCCUGUGCUGUUUGACAUUUUCACCUGGCUGGGAUACCUCAACUCCCUCAUCAACCCUGUCAUCUACACUGUCUUUAACGACGAGUUCAAACAGGCCUUCCACAAACUCAUCAAGUUCAAGAGAUGCUACUGACGAAAUGAUGUGGAAAGGUUGUACACAGACAUACACUGGCUUUGUGAUGUACACUCUACUGGGAUAUUAACAGGUGUGUCUGACCUGGACUGCUCCACAGCCUGUGAAGACAUGGCAAACUUGGACUUUACCCAACUCACUGGUAACCCGUUGACACUAAAGACAGAACAUGUGAUAAAUAUGUUACCAUUGUAAUUUUCCUUUUCCUGUUUUUGUAGGAAAAAAUGUGAAUGACAAGAAACAGAAGUCCUAAAGUGGACAUCAUUAUGUGGAUUAUAUGGCCUGGAUUAUUGCGAAACACUGUGAUGUGGCAUUUGUUAAUUUGUUGUAAAAACACACAUGCUCAUCGUACUGUGUUUGUUCAAUGGACAUCUUUGAACUCAUUUCUAGGAUCCACGCCAUUGCAGUUCUUCUAGAUAUUUCCCCUAUCAAACUUCUGCAUGUAUUUCCAGAAGUUGAAUAGGUUGCUAGAACUACAGAAAUCACGUUCUUAACACCAAAGGGACCGAUACAAUGACUAACACUUCAAGGAACUCCUAUGAAUAACUUUAUGUACCAAGACUAAUGAAUUUGACUACAAAGCAAUGCUGUCACAUAUAUGUUCAUCUUUCAUAACCUUUAUGUGAUUCAGUACAGUAUAUAAAGAGGAU